AAAAUCCGCUAAGGGACUUUGAAAACGCUUGCCGCUCCGCAUCCUCACUCCCUUGGGAAUACAAAACUUUCUAACUAUGUCGGCAGCCAUGUGGAAAUGGACUUGCCUGAUUUCCCACCUGCUCCUAUCUACCGUGAUGCCAUCCCUUGGUAGGCAACAGCCACCUCAUCCAAAGAGGCCCUUUGCCACUUUCCCCGGAGAGCAGGCAGAGGGGACUUUUAACCACCUGGUGGUUGAUGAAAAAACUGGGCACAUUUACUUGGGGGCUGUCAACAGGAUCUACAAACUCUCCAAUGACCUAAAAGUUCUGGUGACCCACCAGACUGGUCCAGAUGAAGAUAACCCAAAGUGCUAUCCUCCCAGGAUAGUCCAGACUUGCAAUGAACCCUUGACUCUCACUAACAAUAUCAACAAGAUGCUCCUGAUAGACUACAAGGAGAACAGGUUGAUCGCCUGUGGGAGCCUUUACCAGGGGAUCUGCAAGCUGUUGAGGCUGGAGGACCUCUUCAAGCUGGGAGAGCCCUUCCAUAAGAAGGAGCAUUAUCUCUCUGGGGUAAACGAGAGUGGCUCUGUUUUUGGAGUCAUUGUUUCUUACAGCAACAUGGAUGACAAGCUGUUCAUCGCCACGGCCGUGGACGGCAAGCCCGAGUACUUCCCCACCAUCUCCAGCAGAAAGCUCACCAAGAACUCCGAGGCGGAUGGGAUGUUUGCUUAUGUCUUUCAUGACGAGUUCGUGGCCUCCAUGAUCAAGAUCCCCUCAGACACGUUCACUAUCAUACCUGACUUCGACAUCUACUACAUCUACGGCUUCAGCAGCGGCAACUUUGUCUACUUUCUGACCCUGCAGCCUGAGAUGAUCUCCCCGCCUGGCUCCACCACCAAGGAGCAGGUCUACACCUCCAAGCUGGUCCGGCUCUGCAAGGAGGACACAGCCUUCAACUCCUAUGUUGAGGUGCCCAUUGGCUGCGAGAAGAACGGGGUGGAGUACCGGCUUCUCCAAGCAGCCUAUUUAUCCAAGGCAGGUGCCAUCUUGGCCAGGUCCUUGGGUGCCAGCCCAGAUGACGAUAUCCUCUUCACAGUCUUCUCCAAGGGGCAGAAGAGGAAAAUGAAGUCCUUGGAUGAGUCUGCUUUGUGCAUCUUCAUCCUGAAAAAGAUCAACGACCGCAUCAAAGAAAGGCUUCAGUCCUGCUACAGGGGAGAGGGGACCUUAGAUCUGGCCUGGCUCAAAGUCAAGGACAUUCCCUGUAGCAGCGCGCUGUUAACAAUUGAUGACAAUUUCUGUGGCCUGGAUAUGAAUGCCCCUCUGGGAGUAUCGGAGAUGGUGCGAGGACUCCCCAUCUUCACCGAAGAUGGGGACAGGAUGACAUCUGUGAUCGCCUAUGUCUACAAGAACCACUCACUGGCAUUCGUGGGCACCAAGAGUGGCAAGAUGAAAAAGAUCCGCGUAGAUGGCCCCACCAGUAGCGCCCUGGAGUAUGAGAUCGUGCAGGUGGUGGACACCGGCCCCAUAUUACGAGAUAUGGCCUUUUCAGUGGAUCACGAGCACCUGUACAUCAUGUCUGAGAAGCAGCUGACCAGAGUGCCCGUGGAGUCGUGCGGGCAGUACAAGACCUGCAGCAAUUGCCUGGGCUCCGGGGACCCCCACUGUGGCUGGUGUGUGCUCCACAACACGUGCACCAGGAAGGAACGGUGCGAGCGCUCCAGCGAGCCUCGGAGAUUCGCCUCGGAGAUGAAGCAGUGUGUCCGGCUCACUGUGCAUCCCAACAACAUCUCCGUCUCCCAGUACAACGUGCUGCUUGUCUUGGAGACCUACAAUGUCCCUGAGUUGUCAGCCGGGGUCAACUGCACCUUCGAGGACCUUUCCGAGAUGGACGGCUUGGUGGUGGGGAACCAGAUCCAGUGCAUCUCCCCGGCUGCCAAGGAGGUGCCCCAAAUCAUCAUGGAGAAUGGAGACCAUCACAUUGUCCAGCUCCAGCUCAAGUCCAAGGAGACAGGCAUGACCUUCGCCAGCACCAGCUUUGUCUUCUACAACUGCAGCGUCCACAACUCGUGUCUGUCCUGUGUGGAGAGCCCCUAUCGGUGUCACUGGUGCAAAUAUCGCCACGUCUGCACCCACGACCCCCGUUCCUGCUCCUUCCAGGAAGGGCGAGUCAAGCUGCCAGAGGACUGUCCUCAGUUGCUCCAGGCAGACAAGAUCCUGGUGCCCGUGGAAGUGAUCAAGCCAAUCACCCUGAAAGCCAAGAACCUGCCUCAGCCGCAGUCGGGGCAGCGGGGCUAUGAGUGUAUCCUGAAUAUCCAGGGCAACGAGCAGCGGGUUCCCGCCCUGAGGUUUAACAGCUCCAGCGUGCAGUGCCAGAACACCUCGUAUUCAUAUGAAGGGAUGGAGAUUAACAGCCUGCCGGUGGAGCUGACAGUCGUGUGGAAUGGGUUUUUCAACAUUGACAACCCAGCGCAGAACAAAGUGCACCUGUACAAGUGUGGGGCCAUGCGGGACAGCUGCGGCCUGUGCCUGAAGGCCGACCCAGACUUCGAGUGCGGCUGGUGUGAGGGACAGAACCAGUGCACGUUGAAGCACCACUGCCCCGUCCAGGAGAACCAGUGGCUGGAACUGUCCGGGACCAAGGGCAAAUGCACCAAUCCCCGGAUCACCGACAUCAUCCCGGUGACGGGCCCUCGGGAAGGAGGAACCAAAGUGACAAUCCGGGGGGAGAAUCUGGGACUGGAGUUCCGGGACAUUGCAUCUCAUGUCAAAGUGGCUGGAGUGGAGUGCAAACCGCUGGUGGAAGGAUACAUCCCGGCAGAGCAGAUAGUGUGUGAGAUGGGAGAGGCCAAACCCAGCCAGCACGCCGGAUUCGUGGAGAUCUGCGUGGCCGAGUGUAAGCCUGAGUUCAUGGCCAGGUCCUCCCAGCUCUACUACUUUAUGACUCUGACUCUCUCUGACCUGAAGCCAAAGCGGGGUCCAGUGUCGGGGGGCACACAGGUGACCAUUACAGGCACCAACCUGAACGCUGGCAGCAACGUUGUGGUGACAUUUGGGCGGCAGCCCUGUCUCUUUUACAGGAGGUCCACGAAGCACAUUGUCUGUAACACCACAGCCUCGGACGACGGCUUUGAUAAGGUGAAGGUGUCCGUGAGGGUGGACAAAGCCAAAAUACAUCAGGAGUUGCAGUUUGAGUACAUGGAGGACCCCACCAUCCUGAGGAUUGAGCCAGAGUGGAGCAUCAUCAGUGGAAACACCCCCAUAGCCGUGUGGGGAACUCACCUGGACCUUAUCCAGAACCCUCAGAUCCGGGCCAAGCAUGGUGGGAAGGAACACGUCAAUAUCUGCGAGGUACAGAACGCCACGGAGAUGACCUGCCAGGCUCCAGCACUGGCCGUGGACCCAAAUCACCAGUCCGAGCUAACCGAGCGCCCAGAAGAGUUUGGUUUCAUCCUGGAUAAUGUUCAGUCCCUGCUGAUCCUCAACAAAACCAACUUCACCUACUACCCAAACCCAGUCUUUGAGGCUUUCAACCCCUCGGGGAUCCUGGAACUGAAGCCAGGAACUCCCAUCAUCCUAAAGGGGAAGAACCUAAUCCCGCCGGUGACUGGAGGGAACGCCAAGCUGAAUUACACCGUGCUGAUAGGAGAGAAGCCAUGUGUGGUGACCGUGUCGGACGUGCAGCUGCUGUGCGAGUCCCCGAACCUCAUUGGACGGCACAAAGUGAUGGCUCGAGUGGGAGGAUUGGAGUUCUCCCCAGGGAUGGUCUACAUCUCUCCUGACAGCCCGCUCAGCCUGCCGGCCAUCGUCAGCAUUGCCGUGGCUGGCGGCCUGCUCAUCAUCUUCAUCGUGGCCGUGCUGAUUGCAUACAAGCGCAAGUCCCGCGAGAGCGACCUGACCCUAAAGCGGCUGCAGAUGCAAAUGGACAACCUGGAGUCCAGAGUGGCUCUGGAGUGCAAGGAAGCUUUUGCAGAGCUUCAGACAGACAUUCACGAGCUGACGAGCGACUUGGAUGGCGCUGGCAUCCCCUUCCUUGAUUACCGCACCUAUACCAUGAGGGUGCUUUUCCCUGGCAUUGAAGACCACCCUGUCCUGAGGGAUCUGGAGGUCCCUGGCUAUCGGCAGGAGCGGGUAGAGAAGGGCCUAAAGCUCUUCGCCCAGCUCAUCAACAACAAGGUGUUCCUGCUGUCCUUCAUCCGCACUCUGGAGUCCCAGCGCAGCUUCUCCAUGCGGGACCGUGGCAACGUGGCCUCGCUCAUCAUGACCGUGCUGCAGAGCAAACUGGAGUAUGCCACCGAUGUCCUCAAGCAGCUCCUGGCUGACCUCAUUGACAAGAACUUGGAGAGCAAAAACCACCCCAAGCUGCUGCUGAGGAGGACGGAGUCUGUGGCAGAGAAGAUGCUCACUAAUUGGUUCACCUUCCUGCUGUACAAGUUCCUCAAGGAAUGCGCUGGCGAGCCGCUGUUCUCCCUCUUCUGCGCCAUCAAACAGCAGAUGGAAAAGGGCCCCAUUGACUCCAUCACUGGGGAAGCCCGCUAUUCGCUGAGCGAGGACAAGCUCAUCCGGCAGCAGAUUGACUACAAGACACUGGUCCUGAGCUGCGUGAACCCCGACAACGUGAACAGCCCAGAGAUCCCCGUGAAGAUCCUCAACUGCGACACCAUCACGCAGGUCAAGGAGAAGAUUCUUGACGCCAUCUUCAAGAAUGUGCCGUGCUCCCACAGGCCCAAAGCUGCUGACAUGGACCUGGAGUGGCGGCAGGCAAGUGGGGCCCGAAUGAUCCUGCAGGACGAAGACAUCACCACCAAGAUAGAGAACGACUGGAAGAGACUCAAUACCUUGGCGCACUACCAGGUGCCAGAUGGAUCCGUGGUAGCAUUAGUCUCCAAGCAGGUCACUGCCUACAAUGCUGUCAACAACUCCACUGUCUCCAGGACCUCUGCUAGCAAGUAUGAAAACAUGAUCCGUUACACAGGCAGCCCGGACAGCCUGCGCUCCCGCACACCCAUGAUCACACCUGACCUGGAGAGCGGAGUCAAGAUGUGGCAUCUAGUCAAGAAUCAUGAGCAUGGAGACCAAAAAGAGGGCGACCGGGGCAGCAAGAUGGUGUCCGAGAUCUACCUGACCAGGCUGCUAGCCACCAAGGGCACUUUGCAGAAGUUUGUCGACGACCUCUUUGAGACGAUCUUCAGCACGGCGCAUCGUGGCAGCGCCCUGCCCCUGGCCAUCAAGUACAUGUUUGAUUUCCUGGACGAGCAGGCGGACAAGCACAACAUCCACGACCCCCACGUGCGGCACACCUGGAAGAGCAACUGCUUGCCACUACGGUUCUGGGUCAACAUGAUCAAAAACCCCCAGUUUGUAUUCGACAUCCACAAGAACAGCAUCACAGAUGCCUGCCUCUCGGUGGUGGCUCAGACCUUCAUGGACUCCUGUUCAACCUCGGAGCACCGUCUGGGCAAAGACUCCCCUUCCAACAAGCUUCUGUAUGCCAAGGACAUCCCCAGCUACAAGAACUGGGUGGAAAGGUACUACUCGGACAUCGGCAAAAUGCCGGCGAUCAGCGACCAGGACAUGAACGCCUACCUGGCGGAGCAGUCUCGCAUGCACAUGAACGAGUUUAACACCAUGAGUGCACUCUCCGAGAUCUAUUCCUACGUGGGCAAGUACAGUGAGGAGAUUCUCGGAGCCCUUGAUCAAGACGACCAGGCCGGGAAACAGAAACUCGCCUACAAACUUGAACAAGUCAUAACCCUCAUGAGCAUAGACAGCUGAGAACUGGCCUGCCAGGGGAGCCCUGGGAGGGAAAAACCAACCCGUGCCUCAGUCAAGAUCACCAUCUUUACCAAGUGCAAGUGUAAGCAGAGUCACCUGAUCAGCGCUCUCUCUCUCUUCCCUCUUUCCCCCUCUCUCCAAACCUAUAGACCAGGCCCCAGGGAUUCCCGGGAAGUGAUGGUGGAGGAAUCUCAGCUUUGGGGGACAUCGAGACAUUCAGGUGGAGCUCUCUUGUUCACAGCUCCCCCUUCCUCCCUCACCCUAGAAAUACCAUAUCAGCUGUAUCCAGAUGGGAAACUGGAAGGUGGCCUCUGCCAUGCUGCUUUAACUGCCCUCCUGGGCCCAUAGUCCUGGAGCGGAAACAAACUCAGUAUUAUUAGAGUCUUGCCAAGGGGAAACUACUCCCCUUUCUUGGCCUGCCUCCAGGGAUCCUAACGGGGGCAAGAAUGAACCUGGAUCCUCCUCCAGCAGAGCCAUUCCAGCGCCUUUGGUCAACCUCAAUCCCAGAGGAGGGAAUUCAAGGCAGUUCUGGGAAGCCCCAGGGACCUGGUUAAAACUGGAGCAAGACCGUCGUGGCACUGGGGACUCUAACUGUCUGGGUGAACAGCAAUGUGAGCCGUUCUCCAGGGAUUGGGGGAAGAUGGGGCCUCACCUUGCCCCUUGCCCCAUUUUUCGUACGUUUAUUAUUAUUUUUAAAACAGAUCUGUGUCCCUCCCAGUCUUUCCUGGUGUGUUCUGUCGACCGUAUAACUGCAACAAAAGGCUCUCUGCCUAGUUGGACCCCAUUGGUGGUAACCGUGUCCUCCUGGUGGCGUAUAGCAUCCCGUUUCCAAACACGCCCUGGAGAAGACAAGCCACAAGGAGCCACACUUCAUUCUGGCCUUGAAAAUCGUGAUAGCCCAGGAAAUGGAUAAGUUCUACCAUGGGAUUUUUGUUUGUGUCUCUUUCUGAGCUGGAACAAGAUGGUUUUUGUUGAACAAUGUGGGGUGUUUGCUGCAAAACGUGAGGGUAGGUCCGUGGGACAAUAGUCAAUAACUUCCUCUCAGGCUGCUCCCAGGAGGAAGUGACCUCGCUUCCAGGGGGGAAGUGACCUCACACGUAGUGGGCCUUUUUCUUAAAAACAGUGCAAAGUUUUCUUCUUUAAUAUUCCAAACUAAGUGACUGUUUUUCAGCAACACCGAGCCACCCUCUUCCCCCUUGCUCUCCCGCCCUGUCCCCAGACGUUCCUCGUGUCCCACUCCCAUCUCCCUCCCCAACAAUUGACUCGUUUUUAAAGCACAGCUGGUGCCUGCAAACUAUCUCCCUGCUCCUUCCGUCCCCAGUGCCAGCACUCAUCUGCUUCCCCUCCCUCCCGAGGUCACGUUUAUCUCGGAAUGGGCAUGGAUGGGAGAUGAUGCUUGACCAGUCCACUCCCCCAGAACAGCUGCGUCGCCGAGGUCCAAGCCAUCUUGUAAUGAAACACAGGAGAGACCCGGUCCUCUUCUCGUUUUGUACGAUCGCAAACUGCUCACUUUGAUACCAUCUCAGCUCAGCGUGGCAGAGACACCGACCCCAGAGCACAAACCAGAAAACCUCGAAUUUGGCACAACACUGAGCGAGGAUGGAAGGAGGCGAUGGGUUUGCACCCAUCCCUCAAGGAAAACAAGAGUGCUUGCUAAGAACGUGCACAGGAGUGGACUGGAGCCGCCUGCAGCCAGCUGCUUCCGUCCACAGAGGAUAGGCUUUGGAGGAUGCAGGAGAGAGGACAUCUGUUAGGUGUGAUGGGGAGGUGACGGUCAGAUCCGGUCUGGUUCAUAUAUCUUGCUAUGAAAGCAAAAGCACUGUGUGACAGCGUAUUGCCCAUGGAUUGAAGGGUGGGCAGGGUGGGGGAAAAGAAUUAGUUAUCAAGCUGAUUUUAUUCAUCCGCACACUUAAAUACAGAGGCAGUGCUUUCAACAGUAGUAAGGAGGCUGUUGUAAGAUUUAUAUUCAAACAGCAAAGCUUAGGGACACAUUUUAGUUUUUAAAUACCAGACGUGUGUGUGUGUGUGUGUGUGUGUGUGUGUGUGAUUUCUUUUCGUUGUGCUUGCUUUCUUUUACGUUGGUCAACUGAUUGACUUGUCACGCACCUUAUGGACAUUUCAACACUUGCUAGAGGACUGAGUGCUGGGGACGUUUUGGUUUGGGUUGGCAACGUCAUGGUUUUAAUAAUUUGGUUAGGUUGCAGUGUGUCCCUGAUUAGAUGGUUAUGGCAGUGGAGUGGAAAGAGCUAUGGGUGAUAAGGAAACACACAAAAAUUGCUUUUUUUAAAAAAUACAUUAAAAAUUAAAAAUGAAAGAAACCAAAGGUUUUGACAAAGUGCCACAAAUGAUAAAUACAGACCCUAUUCCCAUGACUUUUACUCAGCAGGCUGGUCAGAUCUAAGGAUAAAAAGCUGGUUUUGGAGAGAUGAGCGUCCGGCAGCCAGCUGUGCUGCCCAGAGAUGGAUUUUGUUUGCACAUGUGAAGGGAGGGAAGGCGACAUUAUAUGUAUAUAUAUAAAAGAGGUAUUGAAGGAAACACAUGUGAUUUUGCACAGCUAGAGAAGUUAAAAAAAAAACUGGGAAAGAAGAGACGUGUCCUGAUUCUGGUUAGAGUUUGCAGGUUUUUAUUAUUUAAAUUUUUUGCCGGUACAGAAUUUUUCAACUUUUUUUUUUUUAAUUUGUCAAAGAAAAACUUGAACACCUCAGAGAAAUGGCGAGAAUGAAAAACUCAUUGGAAACAGGAAGCAUUGUGAGCUUCAAACCCUGACCCCCUCCUUUCCCCCCACCCCCGAGGAUUUUAGACAAAUCUAUAUUUUGCUUCAUUUUUAUUUUUGUAUCUGAGCUUUUGGUUGGUUGGUUUUUGCCUUGAAAAUGUGCCGAAAUUGUGAUGUGAAUGUGUGGGCUCUGCUCUCCAUCCCCCUGUGCCCCCCCCUUCCCACCUCCCCUGUCCCCACAGUCCUAAGAAAUGUCUUGACCCCCCCCCCAAUUUAAUUUAAUUUAAUUUUUUUACGUGCAUGUAAAAUACAAUUAAAAACAAAGCCACACAAACAGAAGGAAGAAUGAGCCUUGCUAUCAUCUAGGUGAGUUACUUGCCUGAUUUCUUUGCCUAUGUCUUUUCUCCGGCUGCCUGUGACCACCCAACCUGUGUGGUACGUCACGCUCAGGCCUGGGAUUUAAGCUACCCAUUGAGGGUUUGAUCCAAAGCCUACUGAAAUCAGUGGAGAAAUGCUCCACACUCCUGGCUUUGCCUCAGGGCCCAGAGUUCCUAGGUCACUUAUUGCUAUUUCAUGGGUGUGACCCAAAUGCUGCAGGCAAGACAGUUAAAGAGCUCUGAAUGUCACCAGAUGUCAGGCGGCAGGGCUGGGAGACUCUGGCAGACAGAUCCUAGCACUGGCCCUGUGGGUAUAGGUGGAGGAAUGGUGUCACUGCAGAGUUAGCUUGGGGGAUCAGCACCUGGGUCUGAGCAUGGGGCAGCCACAGUACAAAGCACUGCCUAAGUGACCCUGUCCUCAUUGGUGCCGCGCUGCUCCAUCUGUGUUGCUAGGACUCCCAGAGCACCUCCCAUGGUUCCUUGUGCUGCGUAAGCUGAGCUGCUCUCUGAUUCUUUCCUAGUGAAUUGUGGGAGAACUUGGCUGCUCUUCUGGUUGCCUGGGGGGAUUGUGGGCAGGCCCUGGAGGACGAUCAGCCCUCGAGUGAUUUAGCCUGAGUCCUCACUGCAAGGUGGGUGGCGUACCAGCCUGAGUGAGAACGGAACCCAGACUGUAGUGUCGUCUGUAUCCCCAGCUAGCCCGAUGAGGGGGAUUUGUGUGUGGACAGGCAGCAGGCUAGGGGCAAUGGCUGAAUAACUCAGCAGUGCAGCCAUACCUUGCGGUCUGUAAAGGUGGAACCUUUAACAAACACUGUGAAGCGUAGGGAUGAUACAAACCCAAGAGAAAUCCUGGAACCUUCCUUCUCCUUCCUUGCAGAUGGGACUGACCCCACACUGGUCCUAGGCAGAUUAAAUUCAUAGGCCAGAUCCUCAUCUAUUGGACACCUGCAUUGCUCCAAUGGUUUAAAGGAGCUGCAGCACUGAUUUACACAAGCUGAGGCUCUGACCCCUGUGGUUACCUCUUCGUCUCAUUCAGAUUUUGGUGCCCAGGCAUGAAAGCUAAGAUCUAAAGAGGCUUUGCCAGCUGAUAGUUGGUUGAUAAUUGUAGUGCUUGUCAAAAUUGCCGUGCCUGCUAACUGAACUAUCUUAACCAUCAUCCCCAAGUGGAGGCUCUUACCCUAAUGAAAGCUGGGGUCAGGGCAACAAAUUCACAUUUUGGGCUUUAAUAGAGAUAGAAUUUUUAAAGACUAAUGGCCUUUUCCACUAUUGGUGUAGAGAGCCAGCACAAGGCUUACGUGCCACUCACAUCAGUCCUCAGGUAGAUGUAACUAGUGGUCAAGAGAUGACACAGCACAAGAAAACGUUGGCUGAUAUCAAGAGGAAAUGGCCUAAUAAUAAGCUCUAAUGUAGAGGACACAAAGUUUGGAACUUUGGAUGGACCCUCACUUUGUGGCAUAGUCUCCCACGAGAAGUGCUAGAAACCCAAAUGGAUGGAGUCCAGUUAAACUGGGCUGGGAAUAGCACUGACUCUACAGGUGGGCCUAAAGUACAAUCCUGUACUCGCAGAGGGAUGGACAAAAAACUCAAACUGUACUUGUCUUUUCUGCCUCUGACAUCUAUGCCUAUUAGUAUGGCAGGCCUACACUCAGCUGCUGCUAGGAGAAUAUGGCCAGAGUAUCAUUCUUGUGGCCUGCUGCUCAUUUUGAACAUUGGGAUUUGGAGAAAAGACUUUAAUCAACAGCAACAGCCUUAAAAACAUGAGAGGUGACAAGUAAGGCCCUGACGCAAAGCCUAUGGAAGUCAGUGGAAACGUUCCCACUGACUCCAGGGGGGUUUGGAUCAGGCCCUAAUGGCAGCAGAAAAUUGACAGGCGUUUCCUACUGUGAUUGAUUUUUCCAGCUCUAAUUAUCUGUGAUUCAGUCACUGGCAAUUUCAGUAAGACAAACAGAAAAGCCAGGGUGAGGAGAAUGAACUGUGUUUCCUCCAGCGGGGACGUCCUUGUUCAAGGUCCCCUCAGUCAAACCUGUCUGAAAUUCGUUGAAUUUUGAGAUCUGAAAAAUAAAUGUUGGCAACAUUGUAACUAAAUUUAAUCCCCUCCACCACCACCACCACCCCCCCACACAUACACACACUUGUUUUUAUUUUUUGACCAACUCUGGAGACUAUAGGAACAAACUACCUAGGGAAGUAAGGAAUUCUCCACCUCUCGAUGUCUUGAAAUCCUGAAUGCCUGUCUGGAAGUUAUGCUUUAGUCAAAUACAAGUUAUGGAGGUAAACACACACGUAACGGGGUGAAAUUCAGUGGCCUGUGAGCGAUACUGUAUCCAGUUUUGGUCACUGCUAUAUAGAAAGGAUGUAGAGAAACUGGAAAGGAUCCAGAGGCGAGCGACAAAGAUGAUCAAAGGGAUGGGAUGCAAGUCAUAGGAGCAAAGGCUGGAGGAACUGGCUAUGUUUAGUUUGGAAAAGGGGAGAUUAAGUGGGGACAUGAUCACAGUCUUCAAAUACUUGAAAGGCUGCCAUUAAAAGAUGGAGAAAAAUUGUUCUCUCUUGCCACAGAGGGCAGGACAAGAGGCAACAGGUUCAAACUCCAGCAGAGCAGAUUUAGAUUAAAUCUCUGGAAACACUUCCUCACUGUAAGAACAGUAGGCAAAUGGAACAGACUGCCAGGGGAGGUUGUGGAAGCUCCUUCGCUGGAGGUUUUCAAAAGGAGGUUCAGUGGCUAUCUGUCUGGGACAGCUUAGACCCAACAAAUCCUGCAUUUUGGCAGGGGGUUAGCUUAGAUGUCCCUUGUGGUCCCGUCUAACCCUGGGGUUCUAUGCUACAGGAGGUCAGCCUAGAUGAUCUAAUGGUUCCUUCUGGCCUUAAGCGCUGUGAAUCUAUGAGCUGGUGAAAAUGGUUUAAAUUUAAAAAGAAAAGGUUGAAGAAAAAAAUGUGUAAAAUUUUUUGGGAAAAGAUGGUAACGAGUUUUUCCUUUUUUAAAAAAAAACUCAUUGCGAGGGACAGCCCUGGCACCCGGCGGCAACCCCCCUGAAGUUUGGAAAGUGCUAUUUAUAGGCCACACAACUUUAUUAGUGUCCCUUUGACAUUACCAGGUAAAUUGAAAUAUGGAAGCAGCCCCAUCUUUUGGUCUUGGAAGCUGUCCCCAACUUGCAGUAUGGGCAAACCCUGGUCCAGAUGCCCCUGUUGUGGAGACUUCGGAGAACACCCCCUAGUUCAGACUUCAGGGGUUUGUUCAUCACCAAAGCUCCGUGGCGUUCUGUGCUAGUUUAGGCCACCCCCUGGUUUGAAAAUGCCACAUGCAGAGAAGCUAUCAGACAUAAAUCCAGGCCCCGCCCAAGCUCUCCUCCUUGAUUGUGCAGGGCUGAAGAAGCAGUGAAGAGGGUGUGAUAUGUAAAUGUGUGGGCCUCCCCCAGCAGGGGGCUCUGCACGGCCACCAGGAAAAGACCCCCGUGGUCCAGAUCCUCCACUGGUGUAAAUCAGUGCAUGGUAGUGCCACUGAAGUCAAUGGAUCUGGCCCACUGCACCUGCAAAGCAGGUUACUCUAGCAGGGACUGAGCAGCCCAGCGACCACCCCCGUUCUGCUGUGGAUUGCGAUGCAAACGAGGACCACUUGCCACUGUGAUUCAGCGAGCUGCCAGGACCGUUGUGCAUGGGGUGAACGAUGCCUCCCACACUCAUUCUCUCACCCUUUCUUUUCUAGUUUUGACACAGCUGCUGUUCCUGUUAUUAGGGAAGCAGCCUGGUCUAAUGGAGUGAGCCCAGUGCCAGGAACGCCUGAAUUCUAAUCUCAGCUCUGCACCCACCUCCUUGCCUGGCCCUGGGCAAGUCCUUAACCUCGCUUCCCCUGCCCGUGGAACAGGAGAGUAGCCGUGCCUGUCACGAGGCCUUGAGGGUUAAUGAUUGUUUGCAAUGCACUUUGAAAAUGGGAAGUGCUAAGUAUUAAGGAUUAUUUUGGUCACCUGAGUUCUGCACACUAUUUUAGAGGUGCUCAGCAGGGCCCAGGCUUAAGGGGGAGAAUUAAUUUGCAGAAUGAUGUCUAAAAAAGAUUUAAACCCAGAAAAUCUUACCCCGCAAAAAAAAUAAAUAAGCGAGCGCAAAUAUAAAGCUGCUUAUGCUGAUCAAAUGGUCACGAGUGCGAUUUUUUGUUGUUGUCGGCGUUGUUUGUUUGUUGGCUUUCUGUUCUAAAAAUGGAGCGUUUACCUCAAAAAUUUGUUUCUACUUGGAAACAGAUCACCUUCAAGAGACUUUUCACCUGGGAGCAACAUUCAGGGAAGGCGGGGAGAGGAAACCUUUAUAUUAAAAGAGAGGGGAAACAUUCUGUGGUUAGUACAUUUCUGCAUUUCCCUUUCAAUGAAAAUACACGUGGUCAGAUCCUGAGAUAGGCUCCUUCCUAAAUCACUCCAUUGAGUCCAGCAGGGUUUGCAGUUGCUCAGCUGUAGCAGGAUUCAGCUUGUUAGCAGAUUUUUUGUUCUGCUCUCAAAUUCCUCUGCUGGGUUCCUUCUCUCUGCACACUGCAAGCUGGCUGCAUUCCUGUGUGCCUGGGAUAUGGACCUGGGGUCCCAUACCCUGCACUGCAGCUUAAUCUGCAAGAUUGCAGAGGGGAGGCAGAGAUGGACUAAAAUUAUACACUCAGAUCAGGAUAGCCACUGGGCCAGCUUCUCAGCUGCUCUAAACCAGGGUAAUUCCAUUGACAUCAACAGAGCCGCCCAAAUUUCAGUGAGGUCCUUGCCCCAAUGCAAGCAAUGAGCUGUCCAGCCCAGAACCUGCAAUGGGUCUGAUUCACAGAUCUAGAUUAUGCCACUGUCUAUAAGAUCCUCUUCUACCUCUAGACUCCAGCGUUCUGCUGGUUGAAUACCUUCAAGUAUCCAGAGAGCUGGACUCUGAAAUUCUGCUCCCCCUGCAGAAUUUUGCCAUAGGGGAGGGAGGCUUUUGUUAAAGAUGGAAUAGCUUCCAGUAAAUGGCAAGCAAGGAGAACAUGAGGAAAGAACAGAUCCAUGUGGCUGACCAGCCAUCUCUCCUCUGAUCUGAAACCCCUCUUCGAAGACAUCUUUUCUCUAGUUGUCUCGGCUUCCUGAGCUAAGCCAGCAACCUGACAGUGCACAAGCUGCAUCCUGCACAGUAACUGUCGUGUCCAAGCCAACGCAGAAAUAUCCUGCACAAACUCUGUGUUGUUUAAAUGUCAGUGCUGGCCUUUUGCAAAUCCUGGGAGCAAACCGUUUUCCAACGCAGUGAGGUGGGGGUGGGGAGAAUCAAAGGGAGAUCUAGGUGCUAGCCCACCAUGCUCUCAAAGGCCCCCCAAAUGCUGCAUUGGCUAACAAACCAGUAUAAGUGACAGCUGGAUCAUUUAAAGCAACAGGCCUGUCCCUUUCUAGUUUCUGAACUGGACACAAAUUUUCUCAGAUGGCUCACGCUCCCCGCUGGCUUUGAUAAAGCUUCCACCUUAAACACGAAUUCAACGUAAAGACAUAUCCUUGGACGACAGUGUUACUGUGCGCCUCAAAGAGACGACCGCAUUAGAAAGGAGGUCGGGAUCAUUUUUGUUGUCGUUGUUGGUUUCUUUUCUUUGGAAAUGAUCCUAGUUACAAAGAAGAAAGAUCUCUACUAUUUAAAUUGGAAAGCCGUUGUUACUUGGUAAAGGCAAAGCUUCUGUACCUUUGUUAUAAUUAAUUGUAUACCUGUGUAUGUAAAUAUAAGGCAUUCCUAUUUUGCAGUCCAGAACAAAAAAAAAACCUAUUUGUAAUAUAGAAUAAAGUUUAUUAAAAAAUAAUAAAUAAAAAAUAACAAUGUUGUGAUUCCCUGACGUCUAUGACUGUGUGGAGCUGCGGGGGAGCGGGAGAGCUGGAUUUAACCCAGAGAGGCGGGAGGAGAACC